AUGGCCGCGGAACCGGUGAAAAUCACAAUAAAGGAGAGCUUGCCGGUGAUAACCACUCCGCCUGUCCUCGUUCCCAGGCUGCUCCUUGGAUUGAAUACUGCGGUCAAGGGCAACGUGCAGUUUUUAAGCGAUGACGAGCUUAUUUAUCCCGCUGGUGCAGUCCUGGCCUUUCAUAACACCACACUGAAAAAGCAGAAAUACAUUCGAUUACCCGAAAAAGGAGCAAAUAUCAACCUGAUUGCGCUUAGUCCUAACAAAAAACAUUUGGCUAUUUGUGAUGUUGGCGAUAAGGUAUCGGUGACUUUAUACGAUCCGGUUUCUUAUAAAAAACGUAAGCAAAUUUAUAUGCCAACUGAACGAGAUAUUUCUGCCAAGCGCGUUGAAGCAGUCUCCUUCACCUGCGACUCGAAGUGUUUAAUUUUUGUCGUGGGAGACCCAGAUUGGUUGAUGAUCAUCUUUAAAAUUGACAAAAUCAAAUUAGAUUCGAUAACUAGAGCUAAUAACAGUAAUAACACCGGAUCUGUUAUUCAGAUUUGCCCCAAUCCUACCGAUUCAAACCUGCUAGUACUAGUAGGCAAUGGGCUCUUUCGUAGCCUUUCAUGCGCCGAGGGUAUUUGGCGCCAAUUCGGAUUCAAUAAAGCCGAAAAUCUCAACAUUGCUUCAGCCUGUUGGAUAACACAAGACCGUCUGCUCGCCGGUACCACUCACGGAAAACUAAUGUAUUUUGAAAAUGGCGAAUUGAAACGCGUUUACCACGCUAUUGAUACCAUUGCUUUGAUCCUGAAAGACAGCAAUGAUUCAAAAGAGUCGGGAUUUUUUGGAAGCGCUACAAUUGUACCUCCAGAACCGACAACAGAGACAGCACCCACAACUUCAGUUGCAGAAAAUGACAACAAUUCCAUAUCACAUCUCACCAACUUCGCACGUGGCUUUGUUUUCUGCUUCCAGCGAGGCGCGCUGCAGUAUUUCGAAAAGGUCACCGCACAUAAAUACGUGCGAAAGGUAAUCUUUCGAAUUCCGGACAAUAACAUUGUCCGGCUGGAUGAUGACAUCAAAGAAGAUCAAGAAGAAUUCAUUCAUGAAUAUUACAAUGAAGUCAACUCAAUUGCGAUUCCACCAUCGGAAAAUCGAAUUCUUGUAACAUGCAACGAAACGCAAAUUUACGUUGGAAAAUUGCUUGGUACCGAGGGCGAUGUUACAAUGAGCGUCCAUGGUCUACCCUUGCAUCAUGGACCUAUUUGUUCUGUUGCCGUCUGUACAUGGAAGCCAAUCUUUAUGACUGCUGGUUGCUUUGACCGGACGCUAAGAAUUUGGAAUUACGAAAAUGAAACUAUUGAGUUAUUGAAAAGAUAUCAAGAAGACAUCCUAACAUGCGAUCUACAUCCAACAGGGUAUUUUACGGUGGUGGGCUUUUCGGAUAAACUCCGCGUUCUAAAGAUAAUGAUGAACGACUUUGUGAGUGAUCGUGAGUAUCCAAUCAGAGGCUGCAAGCUGGUGAAGUACAGUAAAUUGGGGCAUUUGUUCGCUGCGGUGAAUGGCAAUAUGAUUCAAGUUUAUUCGAGUGUCAGUUAUGAGCACAUGUUUAAUUUAAAGGGACACAACGGAAUUGUGACUUCUAUCUCCUGGGCACAUGAUGAUUACAAACUCUCCUCGUGUGGCACUGAGGGAGCAGUUUACGAGUGGCAAAUUUCAACAACAAGACGAAUUUGCGAAACUAUCAUAAAAGUGUGUCAGUUUUCUGGUUUAGCCAUUACUAACGAUGGCAAAUCCAACUUUGCUGUUGGAUCUGAUGGUCGAGUGCGCGAAAUAGUCAAUUCCAAUGUUUACAAUGAGCUUAAAAUCACUUCAAAUUCAUUGGAAUGUAUGGCAAUGGCAAACUCAGACGCUAUGAUGUUCACAGCUGGCAAUAAUGGCACAGUAUACUCUUUACUGAUUCCGAUCAGUGACACUUCAUGUACAAAUGAGUACUCCAUUCACAACAAGAAAAUUUCAGCGAUGCAAAUAACUUACGACGAUAAAUGGGUGAUUACUGCGUCUCCGAGUUGUAUUUGCAUAUGGCGGAUUGCGGGUGCCGAUUCACGAAUGGUUCGACUCGAUAAGGAAUUUGUGCCGUCCACAGAAGUGAUGAUCAAACGAUCGGACCUCCUGGAUAAACUGGCACAAAUCAAGGAAUUGCAAGUGCGAAUCAACGAGAUGCAAACGGAGCAUUCGUAUCAAAUGCGACAAACUGUGGGCGCGCACACCGCGAUCAUGACUGAUAUGCGCACUCGCUUCCAACAGUCCAUCGACGAGCUGAAGGAAAAGAAUGAAAAUCUCGAGUUGGAGCAUAACAUCGAAAUGAGUAACAUUAACAUGGAGAUUGCUAAAAUGAGUAAUCAAAAUGACGCGUAUGUACAGAAACUAGAAGCGAGUUAUAUCGAAAAACUUAUUGUGGAGUACGAUAAGUAUAUGCUGCUUGAAGAAAGACUAUGUAAAAUGAGAAUGACUUACGAUAAAGAACUAGAGGAACUUGCUGAGGCAAAACGCGUGUCGGAGAAAACAAUCACUCAUACUUAUGAUGUUCAGCUGCGAAACAAAACUGGUUUAGUUGAAGAGCUCCGAACAAAAGUUGCACUAAUGGCAAAAGAAGCAGAGACAACGAAGGAGCAGAUAGAAGACGAUGCAGAUCGGGAAAUCUACGAAAUCAAAGCCGAGUUUGAGAAAGAACUUCGCGAUGAACAAGAUUUAAAUGUCCGCUUACGUGGCGAGACGCAAUCUUCAAAGAAAAAACUGCAGAUUUCGCAGAAAAGCAUCGACGAUUUGAUGCACACCUUGCACACGCAUGAAAUCGAACAACAUAAACUUCGAACGGUUAUUUUUGGCUUGGAACAGACCAUAAAUGAUCUGAAAAACGAAAUUGCCGAGCGAGACUUGACUAUUCAAGAUAAAGAAAAGCGUAUUUCCGAAUUAAAAGACAAAAAUCUAGAACUGGAAAAACUCAAGUUUAUUCUAGAGUUUAAAAUUGAUGAGCUCAAAGCACAAAUUGAACCUCGUGACCGUACUAUUGCAGAGCAGACCGAACAAAUAACAGACAUGCUUACAGAACUCGAAAAUCUACAGAAAAUCAUCCAGAGUCUUGAGCUGCAGUUGACGAAAAUGCGUGAAAAGUUACGCGCGGCUGAUAACGAAACAAAGCGUGAAGUGGUCAGGAAUCGCGCGGCAAAGGCGAAUUUGAAACGCAUCAAAACCGAAAUUCAUUUCGCUUCUGGUAUGAUUCAAGAUAUACCAAAGAUGCAAAAAGCCGUACGUGAAAUGUAUCACAAACAUAAUGCCGAUAAAGAUUUUGCUAUUACUCACGCUGAAGAUGCUGAGGCGAAGAAAGAAUUCAUGCGGCAACGUGAUUUCCUCGAAAGAUCAGUAAAAGCACUCAGAGCACAAGUUACGAAGUCAAAAUCAUACACCGGCGAGAACCUGCGGCUAGUCGAACAGAAUUCACAACUGAUCAACGAAACAAACAAUCUGCGCAAGAGUCUCAAGGUGGAGCGCAAAGAUAACAAACGAAUGUCAGCGUUGUUGGGAUGCAAAUCUAACGCGAUACCAGCGGGCAAACCGUCAAUGCUUCUAGAGAAAGCGCUUGCAACGAAAGAUGAAAUCCGGCAGGAAUACGUCGGUAUCAUUGAAGAUGAUCAGAAAUCUAUGGAGAUUUUACACGCAGAAAACGCUCGAUUGCGGGCAAAGAUUACAAAUAUUUUGGACACGCACAUUCCCAAACCGUUAUAUUAAAUGUACGAUAAAUGAAUGAUGAAUAAAAUUUACGAGUGUUAUCUUA